CCGACUUGUUCCACCCAGGGCUAAAACACUCAGACAAUCGCCGGUGCAGGGUCCCCGCCGGCUCGAUUUCGAAAGACUCCAAGAGAUACGUACCCCACCAGCAACCGGCCCACCGACGAUUGCGGCACUUCCGUGGCUACGUAGCGACUGUUGCGUUCCUUUGCCGCCAUAGUGUCCUUCGCUCCUCAGCCUUUCUCAUGCUUCAUUUUCCCUCUUUACUCCUCAGUUCUUUUCCAAACAUCUCAACCGUACGAGGCGCCGACAACAAACGUGCCUGCAAACACCAUCAUCGCCAUCAUCAUGGACGCCCUGUUGGAUUGACCGCAUCGCACACUCUCGCUUUCCUGGGCACAUGUCAAUGUCAAGCCCUUUACCGCGAGCUACCUAACCUACGUGCCUACUACCUACCUACCUAGGUACAUACACUACAGUCAGUACCUUUACCGACCCCGACGGCACACAAGGAAACAUUAGCCACCACCACUGUCACCCACACACUGUCCCUCGCCCUUGGCUUCUUCUGCCUGUUGACCAGGUUCUCCCGUCAUCGGCUUCUGCCCCGCCAAGCUCAUUAUUCGCUGCCGUCCUCAUUUCGACGUGGGUAGCCACCACCACCACCACCACCACC